AUGAUAUUGAAAUUGAGUUCGGAUUUUCAAUCGGAGAUUGAAGUUAAAAAAUUCGACAUAGCCGUCGAAGUCAUAGAGGAUAAAUUAAAGCUGUGCGAUUUGGAUUUGAAAGUUUUAGAAGUCGAAGAGAAGAAAAAGGACGAAUCCGAGUGCGUUCAGAAAAUAUUCGAAUUGCAACAGAAAUUGGAAGAAGCGACGGAAGAACUCGCGAGACAAAAACAAAUACAGAGGGAAAUGGAAAUAACGUUUAAAAAAUCUAAAAAGAAAAGAGUCGAAAACAUGAGACUUUUACUCGAAGAACUAAGAAAAUAUCUCUCGCACGUGGAUUCCGUUAGAACGGAUGAUUUGCCGUAUAAGAAACAAGUCGAAAAAUUCGGAAAUGACGACUUUAUUUUGCCCAACGAACGAACGUCAAGAACGUAA